AUGAAUUCGCAAGCAUAUAACAUGGAGGCCGAAUCAUCUCUCCCCCUCCUCCCCCUCAAAGAUCAAGAUCACCACGAUCACGAUCCCAACAUGUCUGUUCCGAAAUCCCCAGACCAAACAGCGGCCGAUGACCUAGGUAGCCCGGUUACCAGCCCCGACGCUCGAUACCGGGCCAAGGCGGAAGUCUUGAACUGCGCGAUCCAAGAGAUCGGUAUGGGCCGGUACCAGUGGCAGCUAUUCAUCGUGAUCGGAUUCGGCUGGGCAAGCGAUAACCUCUGGCCGAUUAUCACAUCGCUGAUUCUGCCUCCGAUAUCCUACGAAUUCUCCGUCUCGCGUCCUGCGUUGCUCACGCUGGCGCAGAAUAUCGGAUUACUAAUCGGUGCGAUAUUCUGGGGGUUCGGAUGUGAUGUAUUUGGACGUCGGUGGGCGUUUAAUCUCACGAUUGGAAUCACUGCAGUAUUUGGUCUUGCUGCGGCGGCAUCGCCUGGAUUCGGAGCAAUUUGUGCAUUGGCGGCGUUGUGGUCGAUUGGCGUUGGAGGCAAUUUGCCUGUAGAUUCGGCGAUUUUCCUGGAGUUUCUGCCUGGCUCGCAUCAGUACCUUCUGACUGUUUUGUCGGUGGAUUGGGCUUUUGCACAGUUGCUGGCCAAUUUGGUGGCGUGGCCUUUGCUUGGGAACUUGUCUUGUGCAGGGAGGAGGGAUGUACCAAGGCGAGGAAUAUGGGGUGGAGGACGAUUUAUGUUCUUCACUAUCUAUGAGUCGCCGAAGUAUCUUAUGGGAAAGGGAAGGAACGUGGAGGCUGUCAAGGUUGUGCAUGAAGUUGCGAGGAGGAACGGGAGGGCUUCCUCGUUGACACUGGAUGACCUGAAUGAUAUUGACCAGGGAAGUCGGGGGUUGACCGCUGCCGAUAUCGUCCGCCAGAGAUUGGAGAAGCUGAGCUUGGAUCACGUUCGCGCACUGUUCGAUACGCCUCAGCGGGCCUAUUCCACGACUCUGAUUAUUCUCGUGUGGGCCUUUGUCGGACUGGGAUUCCCGCUCUACAACGCGUUCCUGCCAUACAUCCAACAGUCACGCGGUGCAGAGUUUGGCGACGGGUCCACAUACAUCACCUACCGAAACUCACUAAUCAUCGCUGUGAUGGGGAUACCCGGCUGCCUCCUCGGUGCUUUCCUCGUUGAGCUACCCAGAUUCGGACGAAAGGGCGCUCUCUCCAGUUCAACUGCACUUACUGGAGUCUUCUUGCUUUUAUCCACGCGAGCCACCACAUCCAACGCUCUUUUGGGAUGGAACUGCGCUUAUAAUUUCAUGAGCACUCUCAUGUACUCCGUAUUGUACGCCUACACACCCGAGAUCUUCCUCACUAAAGACCGCGGCACGGGCAACGCAUUGACUGCAUCCGCCAAUCGAAUCUUUGGCAUCAUGGCACCCGUCAUCGCCAUGUUUGCGAACCUUGAAACCGCUGUUCCAGUCUAUGUCAGUGGGGUAUUGUUCCUGGGGGCGGCUAUCCUAGUCCUCUUGAUGCCCUACGAGUCCCGAGGCCAAGCAAGUCUCUAA